GUCACCGUGACAUCUUCAGAUACCAUCAAAUCUGACACCAUUACAGCCCUCCAAGGAGCGCUACCCUGUCGAGCAACCCCAGAGUUUCCACCAUCAUGGUACCAAGCUGGAGGCAUAUCCGGAACCGAGCAUGACUGAUGGCGCCCGGGGUCGUCCCAUUGUUGUCGAAGAAAACGAGCACCAAGUGCAACGAGCCGAAUGGAGGAACUGGACUGACCCAGUUACUCAAACGCACCAGCGACCGCAUCAUCCGGAGCACUCCCAGGCACCGGAACAUCCGUAUGCAGCUUCAACUGCACCAUCCAUGCCGCCGCCCAUCCUCUCUCGUGAGCGCUAUGCGCAGCAAACCCCUGCCCCCGUACCCCAAACGUCCCACCAACCUCGAGUCUACAAUCACAGUCCCUCGAGCAUGAGCCACGUCCUCAACCACUCGCCCUCUGGAACCGUCGAGCCUCCUCCCCUGCAUCCCGCAUCGUCCCAUUCCGGUCUUCCUUCUGCCCACCACACUCCUUCUAGCAGCGUGCAACCUGUACCACCGCCUCCAUACUACCCUCCUCAACCCGCCCGCCGCGAGAGGUCCGAGAAGGACAAGAUGCUGGCUGGCGAGGACUUCCUUGCCUUCCACCCUUCGCUGCUCGCCGAGCGUGACCACUGCAGCAACCUCGUGUUCCGAUUCAACAUGACCAGCAAGGACAACGUGCAGAUCACCCACAAGGAAAGAUCGAGGCACUUCCAGGCUAUCGUCGAGGCAAAGUGGAACAUUGAUCUGCACUACCGAGCGAGUGGCAGCAGUGCUAUCCCCUACGUUGCUGGCCAUGUCGGCCAGGAUGUUCACGUCUCCACCCCUUUCCACUGCGAUUACGGCUAUAACCUUGUCAUAGGCGACUUCGUUAGCAUUGGCCCUGGCUGCAAGUUUCUCGACAGCGGACGCAUCACCAUUGGGCGGACGGCUCGUAUCGGCGCCGGCGUCAUCAUUGACACGCAGAAGGUGCCGACCGAUUCGAAGUCGAGGAAGGGCGUCCAGGGAACGUGUGUUGCGAGGGAGGUGGUUAUCGGAGAGAACGUCUAUGUCGGUGCGGGAGCGGUGAUUUGUGCGGGAGUAAAAAUCGGUACCGGGGCCAUUGUCCAGCCUGGAGCCGUGGUUAUGAAGGUGAGAUCUGCUUUCCGAGGGUGUGUGGGUGCGUAUGAAUAACGUCGCUGACUCUUGAGUAGGAUGUUCCGCGUGAUUGCAUCGUGAGGGGAAAUCCGGCCACUGUGUCGGUGGUCAACUGGGAUGAUUGAGCG